AUGUCUUCUAAGAAGUUCAACUCCAAAUCUGUUCUGGUUAAGACUAUUGAUUCCAAGUUUUCCUCAGCAGUGGAGAACAAAGUGGAUGCUACAAUGGAAUUUUUGAGGCCCAUCACUACGAACAGAGCAAACUUACUACGACAACAAACACUUCAAAUGUCAUCUAUAUCACUUCCUAUUCUAGAUCUCCCAUCUUCAAAGAGGGAAAUAUUCUCUCCGAAUGAAUUAGCAGAAGGAGGGAAUGAAGCUGAGAUUUUAUCUGAUGAGUUACCUAAUGAAGAUGCAAUAUUAAUUGAAAUACGACGUUGGAAGAUGUAUUUUGAUGGAGUUUUGCAUAGUGAACGAGUUGGUGCUGGAGUAGUGUUUGUCACGGCAUAUGGAGAAGUCCUACCAUAUUCCUUCACUCUUACUCAACAUUGCUCCAAAAAUGUUGCUGAAUAUAAUGCACUUUUACUCGGUCUUGAAAUUGUUGUUAAUAUCAAACAAUUGCAGUUGCAAAUUUAUGGUGAUUUCAAGUUAGUGAAUGAUAAAGUAUUAGGGGAUUAUGAAGUGAAGAAGCCUGAGUUACUCCCAUUCUGCAAUUAUGCUCAAAAGAAGUUAGGUUGGCUUGGAGAGCUUGAUAUGAACUUGGAAGGAUGGCAUUACCGGGCGAAGAAGGAGAAGUCAGACUACUAG